AUGUUCUACUAUGAUUACGUCCUGACCUUCGGCGACGAGUCAUCAGGUCCAAUUUCUGGAUUUGUGGAAUUUCGACAGCUCAAGCACAUAUGGGGCCGCGGACGCUUCUCGAUUGGCUCGAUCCUUUUCGUCCUGGCGCGAUAUCUCGGAUUCGCUAGCUGUGUACUGAGCAAUUUCGAGGGGUCUCAUUUGCGAUGUGCAGGUCUACGAGUUACUGCUAUAAUAUCGUCUGAGGCCAUCGUCGCCGUCCGCACCUGGGCAGUCUGGGCCAGGAACAAAUGGAUACUUGCUAUUCUAGUACUCUGUGCUAUCGCAGCGUGCACUGCCGCUGGCGUCACUACUGUCAACGAUGUGCAAAGCUCCGAGCGUAAGUCAUCCUCGACCUUCGAAUACCCCGCGCCGGACUGCGUCGUGGGGCUCAGCACCUCGGUGGGCGGCCAAUGGGUGGUUCCCUUGUCCAUGACGAUCAUGUAUGAAGUUGUCACAAUUGUCCUUACGAUUAUCCGGAUUAUGUGGUGGCGAAGACGACUCUCCCGCUCUCGCAGCCCAAAUCGCGCGCCUCUUCUCGAUACGCUUUGGAAAGACGGUGUGAUAUAUUUCGCUCUUAUGCUAGCACUCGGUGUCGUCAACACAGCGCUAGUUAUCCGCUCCACGGCCGCCGUAAUUCAGCAGAAUGUGACGCAGCUACAGACGUCCCUCCAUUCCAUUUUGUCCACGAGGAUUGUGCUCCACCUUGCUAAUUCUGGUGUGGGAGUGAAGCAGAUGCACACGGCGACCUCUUCAUAUGAUCCCGACGACAUACAGUUCUCAACCGUGCUACGGACAACGGAUAUUGAACUAUCAACGUACGAUGUUGGUCCUAGGCCUUAG